AUGUCCUCCUCCAGGUUUUACUGGGACCUGAUCAUGCUUCUUCUAAUGGUGGGCAACCUGAUCAUCAUCCCCGUGGGCAUCACCUUCUUCAAAGACGAACACACACCCGCCUGGAUAGUGUUUAACGUGGUCUCCGACACUUUCUUCCUGGUUGACCUGGUGCUGAACUUCCGCACAGGGAUUGUGAAAGAGGACAGUACAGAAAUCAUCCUGGACCCUCAGCAGAUCAAGGUCAGAUACUUGCGCAGCUGGUUUGCCGUGGAUUUCCUCUCCUCCAUCCCUGUGGAUUACAUCUUCCUCAUUGUGGAGACACGCAUCGACUCGGAUUUCUACAAGACGGCGCGAGCGUUGAGGAUUGUGCGUUUCACCAAAAUACUGAGUCUGCUUCGGUUGUUGAGAUUGUCCAGGCUCAUUAGAUACAUCCACCAAUGGGAGGAGAUUUUUCACAUGACCUAUGACCUGGCUAGUGCCAUGGUACGCAUUGUGAAUCUCAUUGGGAUGAUGUUGUUGCUGUGCCACUGGGACGGGUGCUUGCAGUUUCUAGUGCCCAUGUUGCAGGAUUUCCCUUCAGACUGCUGGGUGGCCAAAAACAAAAUGGUGAAUGACACAUGGGGUCAGCAGUACUCUUAUGCCCUGUUUAAAGCUAUGAGCCACAUGCUGUGUAUCGGGUAUGGCAUGUACCCUCCUGUGGGCAUGACGGAUGUGUGGUUGACCAUCCUCAGCAUGAUUGUGGGCGCAACCUGCUAUGCCAUGUUUGUGGGCCACGCCACCGCCCUCAUUCAGUCACUGGACUCCUCACGUAGACAGUACCAGGAGAAGUACAAACAAGUGGAGCAGUACAUGUCCUUCCACAAACUUCCAGCAGACAUGCGGCAAAGGAUCCAUGAUUAUUAUGAGCAUCGCUAUCAAGGGAAGAUGUUUGAUGAGGAGAGCAUUCUAGGAGAACUGAACGAGCCACUCAGAGAGGAAAUAAUCAGCUUUAACUGUCGAAAGCUUGUAGCCACAAUGCCGUUGUUCGCCAAUGCGGAUCCAAAUUUUGUGACCUCCAUGCUCACCAAGCUGCGUUUUGAGGUGUUCCAGCCAGGAGAUUACAUUAUCAGAGAAGGGACCGUCGGCAAGAAGAUGUACUUUAUACAACACGGUGUACUAACUGUCCUGACGAAGGGCAGCAAAGAAACAAAGAUCUCGGACGGGUCUUAUUUUGGAGAGAUCUGCUUGCUGACUCGAGGCAGAAGAACAGCCAGUGUGAGAGCGGACACAUACUGCCGUCUGUACUCGCUCUCUGUGGACCAUUUCAAUGAGGUGUUGGAGGAGUACCCCAUGAUGCGACGCGCAUUUGAGACCGUAGCCCUCGAUCGCCUUGACCGCAUAGGAAAGAGGAACUCUGUACUCCAGCACAAAGUCCAACGGGAUCUUAAUUCUGGAGCUUUGAACUACCAAGAAAAUGAGAUCAUCCAGCAGAUCGUGCAGCAUGACAGGGAUAUGGCCCACUGUGCACACCUCAUGCAGACACCUCCUCCACCUCCUCAUCCAGCACCGACUCCAUCUUCCCACACCCCUGUCAUAUGGGCACCUCUUAUUCAGGCUCCACUGCAAGCUGCUGCGGCCACCACUUCAGUUGCCAUCGCCCUGACUCGUCACCCCCAUUUGCCCCACACCCUCUUCCGACCUCCUGUUCCUUUGCUUGGCUCACUGAAAGACCAGCCAGGGUAUUUUAAAAGGUUCCCAACAGCACUUUCGGGUGCUGAUACAUUUGGUGGCUCCUCAUCAACCAGCUCGCAGUUCAGCUCUUGUAUAGAAACCCCAAUUCUGGACACACUCAGGGCCGAGAGAUCAUCUACCUCCACACCGCCACCAUCAUCCAGUUCUCUGCCAUCCACCAUAACAACAACUGUCACCACUACCACUUCGAGCAUCACAGAGUCUUCCGUCUACCACCAUAGACCCCUUAUCUCUCAUGGAUCCAAAGACUUUAGCGUUGCCCAACUUCAUUCUCAACCCCAACUUUCUCAGGCCUCUUUCUCAAGCAUUGCUGCAUCACUUCCUGGAUUCUUCCAACAAGGAGCAGCUGGAGGAGAGGCUGUUCAUCUAGCGAUUCCCCCUGCAUCCACCCUUACUCCUUUGAUAGCGCACUCUGUAAGUCCCAUUCUGACCCAGCUACAUGCAGCUCAUUCAAAUCCUCAACCAACAAAACCAAGUCAAGACUUAAAUAAAACUGGAAGGACAGCCUCCCAGUCUCCAGUAACAGUGUCCCCAGUCCACUCCAAGAGCAUUCUUGAACAAGUACCGAGUCCAACAAGUGUCCAGUCCCAGCAUCCACAGAUUGGUUUACAGCCGGAUGUUCUUUCCCAGCUUGCUCAAGAACCAUCUGCUCUUGCUUCCCUUGCACAAUAUGGGUCUGGAAAUGCAUCGCCAUGUAGCACACCUUCAGCUUGGAGCCCAACGUGCCAGAGUCCAACAGCAGAGAAAAUGAGGAUGUCAGUGCAUAGCCAGCCUUCUAGCAUCUCUGGAUCCCAAACAUCACUCCUGACCCCUCAGACACUCUUUCCACCACCACCUCAACCAAGAGAAAGGGGUGGAUCUCUAGUUGAUCUACCUUCACAAGACUUAAGCACCAUUUCCAUGUCCCUCCCUAUUCCAGGACUAGCUGAAAAAUCCAGGGCUGUGGGAAGAGGACCACAACCACCAGACUUAUCUCAUCAUCGAGGAUCCACUUCAGGAUGCAGUGAGCUUCAUCCAGAUGGGAAGAACCCACAGUGCAGGCUUCGGACAAAAAAAGCAGUGGAUCUAGAGGGUGAAGGAAGGGAAAGAGCAGAGCCCAUCACCAUCCCCUCCUCCAGAUCCAUCUGUAGACCCCAAGAUUAG